GAGGCGACAGAUUCCGGCGGAAGGACAUUACUGUCUAAAACAAAUCCUGGACAGGAGGCUGUCAGACUAUGUUGCUCCACUUGUGGUGACACAUUAGACAGUAAAACAUGCUAUGGACAUGGGGUAAGAUGAACCAGUGAGGAAGUUGAGACAAUCGCCUUCCCUUGUAUCAAGGCUUUGUCAUGUGAGCAAACAUAAUGGAAGUGCGUAUCAUAUCCAGCUAUCAGUAAAUGAAAGAAACACAAAGGAUAAGUGGCCAACUAUCAUGCCACGAAACUACAUUCGGAAAACCGACUGGGGCUCAGUGACCUACGAGGAGCUGGAGAAAGCAUUCGUUGAGGUGAAGCGUGGGAAAUCGAUCCGAACAGUGGCGAAAGAAAGAAAGAUCGGCAGAUCCACACUGCAGAGAUACAUGAAGAAGGCCGAAGAAAGAAGAGAGAGAACUGUGGGCUACAGAGGAACGGCAGAAGCCAAAAGGAUCUUCUCUGAAGAACUGGAGGAAGAGCUUGCAGAAAACAUCCGCAUAAUGUCUGAACGCGUCCGUGGCCUCGCAACAAAGAAAUGCAGAGAAAUCGCUUUUGAAUUUGCACAAAAACACAACAUUCCUGUCCCUAACAAUUGGGGAGAGCAGAGGUUAGCAGGUCGAGACUGGCUGAGUAGCUUCAUAAACCGCCACAAUCUCUACGGCCAUCUUACUGAAGCAGCGUCUUUGGAAAGUCAUGGACAGGGCAUCCGUUUAAGUCUUGUCAACCAUGAUGAAAUCAAGUCAGAAAUCAUAGAGAGUGAUGUUCCUGCCCUGAUCCAUGACGCUUCAGAAGAGGAGAGCAACGGAAUCUGUCAUCCAGACCUGUUAGACGCUCACAUAUUUCUUACAUGAUGUUAUAUGAUGAAGCAAAAGGGGUGAGAAACUUUGUGAUGCUUAAUCUGGUUUCUUGUUGGUUUAUGGAUGAACUAAAAACAGCUGUAAGAACAGUUUUCAAAUUUCACAAUUACAAGUAACAGAUUGAAUUAAACGUAGAGCAGGGUUCAUAUGGUCAUGGAAAACCUGGAAAAGUCAUGGAAUUUUGACAUGGCAUUUUUCAGAACUGGAAAAGUUCUGGAAAAACAGAAAAAUCCACAAAGUUUUUGGAAAACAGAUAUCUUUAAUUCCUUCUUUCUUGGCCAAUCACAUACACUCUCAUAACUAAAGGUACAGGAACCGUCACUGGGACUGUAUCUUUUCAAAAGGUACCAAUUUGUACGUGAAGGGCCCAUAAUGGAACCUCAAAAGUACUUUUUGGGUACAGUUACUAAUAUGUACCUUUGAGAUACCACUGUGGACUCCUUGGGUACACAUAUGUAUCUUUUAAAAGGGUACUGCCCCAGUGACGGUUUCUAUAUCUUUAUGUUUUGACAGUGUACUCUCACAUUAUUAGUGCGGUGUAAGCAUUAUCUAAAUUUUAGGUAGAUAUAAAUAUAAACUGGGCGUCACGGUGACGCAGUGGGUAGCACAAUCGCCUCACAGCAAGAAGAUCGCUGGUUCGAGCCUCGUCUGGGUCAGUUGGCAUCUCUGUGUGGAGUUUGCAUGUCCUCCCAGUGUUGGCUUGGGUUUCCCCCACAGUCCAAACACAUGCGCUAUAGGUGCAUUGAGUAAGCUAAAAUUGUGUAUGUAGUGUAUGUGUGUGAAUAAGUGUGUAUGGAUGUUUCCUAAUGAUGGGUUGCAGCUGGAAAGGCAUCCGCUGCCUAAAACAUAUGCUGGAUUAGUUGGCGGUUCAUUCUGCUGUGGAGACUCCAGAUUAAUAAAGGGACUAAGCCGAAAAGA